UGAGGCAGGCUCCCUCAAAGCAGGUAGGCAGCUAGGUGAGUUUCUUUUUUUAAGCCUAAUUUUCUGACUCAUGAAGACAGUGACACUCUGCCACUAGGAGAUCGAGUGAUCUGGGUGGCCUCCCUGACUCACCCCAUUCCAGUCUGGAGAGACUGCAGCGGGGAGAAGCUGAGCCUUGAGUCCGCUGGAAUUCAGAGUGUUCUGGGGCCGGGUAGGAGAGGUCUUGCCAGCUUUGUUUAGGGAUGUAGCUGCUGUUCCUGUAAGAUUACUCAGGGUGGCUUAUCCUAGACUGUUCUGAGCCUUAACCCCAAGGCCAGGUGCACUGGCCAGGUGCAGUCCCGGGUUUCCCCUGCCCCAGCGGGUCCCCAGAGACACCACGGGCUCUCAGACCCAGAGGGACAGGGGAGGCGGGUCGGCACCGGUCCCCAGAGCGGGGGGCGUGGCUGCAGGUGCCGCCCUGGCCCCGCCCAGCGAGUUCAUUUACAUGCUUCCCGCGGCCCCGCCCGUGGUGGCUAAAGCUACGUGUCCUUGUCCCCCGUGGGCAGCCUCAGAACGUGCGGCCUCGGAUCGGAUCCCCAGUUUGAAGGGCCUCUUCCGGCCACCACCUCCUGGGAAAACUAUGAAGACCAAGAACCGACCUCCUCGGCGCCGGACACCCAUGCAGGACACAGAAGCCACCCCAGGAGAGCAGACCCCCGACAGACCCCAGUCAGGCUCAGGGGGGUCGGAGCUGACAAAGGGUCUUCGGAGUAGGACCGCCCGCGCAGGCGGCGCCCGAGCAGAGGUCAGCCGCCGGCGACAGGGGUCCGGUGGCCGCAGGGAGAACAGUGUUCAGAGGCGGCUGGAGAGCAAUGAGCGGGAAAGACAGCGGAUGCAUAAACUCAACAACGCCUUCCAAGCACUGCGUGAGGUCAUCCCGCAUGUGCGGGCCGACAAGAAACUCUCCAAGAUCGAGACGCUCACACUGGCCAAGAACUAUAUCAAGUCACUGACUGCCACCAUACUCACUAUGUCCAGCAGCCGCCUCCCGGGGCUGGAGGGGCCGGGGCCUGCACCAGGCCCUAAGCUCUAUCAGCACUACCAUCACCAGCAGCAGCAGCAGCAGCAGCAGCAGCAGCAGCAGCAGGUGGCUGGGGCUACGCUAGGCGCCACCGAGGACCAGCCCCAAGGCCACCUGCAACGGUACUCUACACAGAUUCACAGCUUCAGGGAGGGAAGCUAGCACCUGCUCCGGGCCCUGGGGUGGGUUGACAGUGCUGACCAGGCCUGCUCAUCUCAGCUCUGGUCCCUCCAUGCCACAAGCCUGACUGGUGAUGGACACUAUUGGGGGUCAUUUGGGGGAUUUUGUUGUUGACCAGAGACAUGGCCCAGGCUGUCCUGGAACUCCUCGUCCUCCUGCUCCACCUCCCUUGGGCUGGGAUUACAGGCACACAUCACCACACGGUGCAGUGCUGGGGGAUGAACCAAGGGCUCUGUGCAUGCUAGGCACGCACUCAACCUACGGAUCUACGUCCCGCAGCCCAAGGUUGAAUCUCCAGUGCCUCCAUUUUCCUUGAAUGUCAGCUCAGCCACCAACAUGGGGCUGUUUUUCCUAGCCGCCCAGGGGACAAGGGAGUGUGAUCUGGGCCAUCAAGGCAUCUUGAGGCCCAAAUCUCCGGGGAAAGCCUGCCCAGUCCCCGCAGUCCUUUCCACAAAACAGGCAGGAGGGGAACAUGCUUGCCUUCUUCACGAUGCUUUUGAUGUGUGGUGGCCAAGGGGCAAUUCCAGGAAGAACUUUACUUACAAAUGUCCCUGCUACCACUGAGCCCAAGAUCCAACCUGUAUUGUGGGGCUACGUGGAGGCUGGGCCCAAAGCGUCACCCAAGGCCCUUUAGGGAAUUUAGCAAAGCCAAGGUGGCAGCUCGUUCUUGGCAGCCCAGAUGCCCUGGGCCCAACUCAACAACUGGGUUUAGAAGGGCCUCAUGGGCUGGGCGGUGGUGGCGCACGCCUUUAAUCCCAGCACUCGGGAGGCAGAGCCAGGCGGAUCUCUGUGAGUUCAAGGCCAGCCUGGGCUACCAAGUGAGUUCCAGGAAAGGCGCAAAGCUACACAGAGAAACCCUGUCUCGAAA